AUGAAUCCUUCAAAUAUAUUAUUGUUGCUCAUUGCUACUGUAGCAUUAUUUGCCUCAGUUAAUUUAGCCUUUGAUGAUUCGGAAAACGCAUUGAAAUCCCAAAAUGUCCUCUCAAAAUCCGAAAUCAUCCAACUUAAUGGAGCAAUUGGACCAGAGAGUAUUGCUUUCGAUCCAAAUGGCGAAGGCCCAUACAUAGGAAUAGCCGAUGGACGAAUUCUCAAGUUUCAAGGAUCAUCUUGGGCUGAUUUUGCAGUCACCUCUUCUCAAAGAGAGAAUUAUACAUUGCCUUUUGCUCCAGAAAUGGAGCAUAUAUGUGGGAUGCCAUUAGGCUUACGAUUCAAUACCAAAACAGGGGAACUCUACAUUGCUGAUGCCUAUUUCGGGCUCCAAGUUGUUGGACCAAAAGGAGGAUUAGCUACACCAUUAGUCCAAAUAUUAGAAGGUAAGCCUCUCGUCUUCACAAAUGACGUUGACAUUGAUGAUCACGAUGAUGUGAUUUACUUCACGGAUACAAGCACAAGGUACUGGCUUAAAGGCCCCCUUGAGGGAACACAUGAUACAUUUGCUGAGUUGCCUGGGCUUCCUGACAACAUAAGAAUAAAUUCGAAAGGGGAAUUUUGGGUAGCUCUACAAGCAAUAAGAUCACAAUUGAGUUUUUCAAAUUCGGAAAUGGGAAAUGCAUUGUUGAAGCUCUCGUUCAUCGCGCAACAAUUGGACGAUUUGUUAAGUGGAGGACUGCUGCACGCUACAGCAAUCAAGCUAAGUGAGGACGGGCGAGUUUUGGAGGUUCUAGAAGAUGUUGAAGGCAAGACGUUGAGGUCUAUUAGUGAAGUUCAGGAGAAAUAUGGCAAGUUGUGGUUUGGUUCUGUGAUGAUGCCUUUUUGGGACUUUAUGGAUUUUGAGUUCAAGUAA